ACUGAAGACUGAAAUACUGGCGGGUUUUCCAAUUGGGUUGUUACACAGGGAGGCAUAUGGCUAAGUCGUCAGAUCUAUUUUAUAUGAAAGAAGUCAGAUCGAUAUCCUAUAUUUGACCCCAAGUUAUCAUUUUUCUGUAAAAAUAGGUCCUCAACUUAUCAAAUUACUUUAUGUACACGGAAGCAAUACAUCUUUAUAUAAAGGUGUUCAGGCUUUCAUUAUCGUCACUGAUACAUUGCCUCAACUCUUUUAUUACUCGCCUUAUUAGUCUUAUCCCUUUGUGCUAAUGUGGUAUGGCGAGUUGGGUAAACGCACGUUUGAGUUAGGAUCUAUGUUGAUUUUCACUAAACGACCGUAGAUGAAUGCAUAAAGUUUUGAUGUGAUUACAUUGUUUUUGUGUUAAGUGUAUAAAGUGACUUUUCUGAUAUCAUUAUAUAAUGGUGUCUUAAUUUCGACAAAAGUUUGGGGAAGCCGCCAUAGAAAAUUUGAGAGAAUUGACACCAAAACCCCAAUAUUUUCCCAAAAUUUCCCUUUAACCUUGGUGACGGUCAUUUGGCUUUGGGGAUUUCCCCAAAAAUUUCUCCAAACUUUGGUGAAGGUUGUUUGACUUUGGAGGUCUCCCCAAACUUCGGAGAUUGGGAUCUGCUACUAAGACAGUAGUAUUGAUAUACAGAGAAUAGGUGAACGGUUUCGAACAGCAUUUAAAAGCGGCAAACUCUACUAAGAAAUAUUCGAAACAAAAAGUUCCAUCCCAUUUGUCAAUUUCCUAAACAACUAUCUGUUCUAUUUAUUGACUAAAUAUUUUUCUAGUAAAUUAAUAGUCGUUCGUAAAAUUCAGUGUUAUAAUCGUUGGGUUACGUGCUCAGAUUUUCUAAAUCUAUUUCGGUCUAUAUGUUUAUAAUAUAUCAGAGGGCAUCUAACAUAUGCCUCUUAUCACCUUCGUUAUCGUUUGUUAAUUAGAUAAAUAGUUAUAUUUAGCAUCUAAUAUCUUAAAAGACUAAAAUGUAUAGUAUUUUCUCAUUUAACAUUGACUCAUUGCAAAUACUAGUGGUUUUGUUCAUUUUGUAAUACUGUCGAUGUUCGGUUUUAUUUUACAUCUACUUUAUAUUUCACUAGAUCCUUGAUAAUGGGUACUUUAGAUCCGUACCCCAGCUCAUCAAGUAGUAACUCAAAAAAGUGUAUGAAUAAUCCUAUGAAAUUCUCAAUUAAUAAGGAUGUAAUAAAAAAAGCUAAAAAUCAAGAUGUGAAUUCAAUUCAACGUAUCGUCGCAUAUGAUCACUUAGAAUUUGAAACAAGUGUUAUUGAGCAAGCUAAAAAUACUUUUAAGAGAAAUAACAGUCUUCAGAUCAGUGUGACAAGGGAAAGACUUUCUACUCUAGACGAUGAUAUAAUGUCUUCUCAACAUGAACUGGAAAAAAUGGAACUAUCACUUGAUACACUGCUCAGUCAGGUGUCUACUGAAGUGUCUAAUAGCAGUUUGGAAAAUAGGAAAAUACGUUCUUUAGAGUUGGAGAUAGAAACAAAAAUGAAGCUUAUUGACACUUUAAUAUCUAGAAAAUCCGCUCUGUUGAGUAAACUGUCUUCUUUGGAGAAGGCCAACUUUAUUUCAGAUGACAACGUUUCAAAACCAGAUGAAGAUUUGCUAAGUGUGAAUAUCGUGAAACCACUGUCCACAGAUGACUUUAAUUCUCCUAUAAAACACCUCAGUACAAAGUUAUAUAAAGUAAAACGUUGUGAAAACAAUGCUGUGGAACUGGAAAAGCUGUCUAAAUCUAAGCAUAAUGAUGAUGCUGAUAUAAAUGCGUUUCAGGAACGAUUGAAACGUCAAAGACGUACUGAAUUAUUAGAGGAGCAAUUAGCUAGAGAACAUGAGGUACCUUCUAGUAAUCCUUCUGAUGAAAAACUAGAUGGUGGAUUUUGUGUCCCGGGUUCUAUUUGGUGUCGAUUAUUUGAUUAUCAACGAAAAGGUGUCAAAUGGUUAUGGGAUCUUCAUCAAAAAGGAUAUGGUGGUAUUAUUGGAGAUGAGAUGGGUUUGGGAAAAACCAUACAGAUUAUUGCCUUACUAGCUGGAUUGCAUUAUUCGAACAUAGAAGAUAGAUCGUAUCGUUUAUAUCUAUCUACUCGUAAUCUAACUUCGGAAUGUCAGCAAGAAUUUUUAGGAUUAGGUCCGACCUUAAUUGUUUGUCCAGCUACAGUAUUAAACCAGUGGAUGUCAGAACUCCAUUCAUGGUGGCCUCCGAUUCGUGUGGCCAUAUUGCAUUCGACUGGAUCCGGUUAUGGAAAGCCAAAUAAACUUAUACAAAUGAUAACUAAUAAUCCAGGAAGUGUUCUUCUAACCACGUAUUCAACUCUAGUGACUUAUCGUGAUAUGCUAACAUCUCGAAAUUGGUCGUAUGUUAUACUGGAUGAAGGGCAUAAAAUAAAAAAUCCAGAAGCUGAGGUUACAUUAGCUGUUAAACAUUUUUCCACUCCUCAUCGUUUGAUUCUUUCUGGUAGUCCAAUUCAAAAUAAUCUACGUGAAUUAUGGUCACUUUUUGAUUUUGUGUGUCCUGGACGAUUAGGACCUUUGCCAGAAUUUAUGCAACAAUUUUCUAUACCAAUUACUCAGGGAGGUUAUGCUACCGCUUCACCAUUUCAGGUUGAAACAGCUUAUCAAUGUGCAUGUACUUUACGAGAUCUUUUAAAACCCUAUCUCAUUCGAAGACUUAAAGCUGAUGUACAAAUUCAACUGCCAGCUAAAUCAGAACAAGUUUUGUUUUGCCGACUAACUGAUUAUCAGCGAAAACUCUAUCGAGAAUACUUAGAGUCUCAAGUAUGUCAAGAUUUACUAAAUGGAAAAGGCAAUAUUUUUCCUUCUUUAAUAUUAUUAAGAAAUUUAUGCAAUCAUCCAGAUUUAGCUACAGGUGGUCCAAGAGAUAGUUGUUUUCUAAAUGAAGAGUUUGAGUCUGAUAAACAAGGUAUUGAAAAUGUAUGCUUAUCUUAUUCAUGGUCAAGAUUUGGUUGCCCACGUAGAUCUAGUAAAAUGUUAGUUGUUGCUUCACUUCUUAAAAACUGGUAUGAUCAAGGACAUAAAGUUCUACUGUUUUCACAAAGUCGUCGUAUGCUUACAUUACUUGAACGUUUAGUACAGUUGAUGAAGUUUUCUUAUCUUAGAAUGGAUGGAACAACUCCUGUUAGCCAACGUCAUGAACUUAUUCGACGUUUCAAUUAUCGUUCAACAUCGGAUAGUGAGAAAAUAGAUAGGACAACAGAUCAGUUAGACAUAUUUCUAUUUUUAUUAACUACACGUGUUGGCGGUUUAGGUGUAAAUUUAACUUCAGCUAAUCGAGUACUUAUCUAUGACCCAGAUUGGAAUCCUACUACUGAUCUACAAGCUCGUGAAAGAGCAUGGCGUAUCGGACAAUCAAGAGAUGUUGUUAUUUAUCGUUUAUUGACAAGCGGUACUAUUGAAGAAAAAAUAUAUCAUAGACAAAUAUUCAAACAAUUUCUUACUAAUCGAAUUCUAAAAAAUCCACGUCAGCAGCGAUUUUUUAAAACAAACGACCUUCAAGAAUUAUUAACUUUUGAAGAUGAAUCAGAUAUUCAAAUCCCAGAAACAGCUUUGUACUUGAAAUCGGAAGGUAUGGGUCAUACACUGACUAAUUCAUUAACCGAGAAUCGAUUUGAUAUACUUGCUAAAAAACUGAAAGAUAAUCCAUUGCAAAGCAAAUCAUCACGCGUGAAUACAGAGAUUAGUAGUGGUAGUGAUGUUGAUGAUGAUGAGAAGGAGGAGGAUGAAGAUGAAAAAGAAUCGAAGGUUUCUGUGGAUGACAAUUUUAUAAACACUUUGUUAUAUCCUGAUGCAAAAAAUAAGCGUACAGAACAACUUCGUCAACUUGCUAAAGAAAUAAGCCGUCGUAUAGCGGAGGAAUGUUCAAACAAAGAUAAUUCAGUUGAAUCGGUUACUAAGCAGUCUAAAGAAAUGACUUCAAACAAAUAUAGUUUAAAUCGCAAACGUAAAUCUGAUAACAGAGGGACACGGGUGGAUGGAAAACGAAUCAAGCUAGUAGCAAAACAGUGCAGGUAUGAUGUUGGUGAAAGCAUGGAUAUCUCUUUAUCUCGAAAUCAACUUGCUGAACCAACCAAAGCGACAAGCAGUAAUGCUGAAGAUGAUAACUUUAUUCAAAAUGUCUUAGCCAGUUCUUGUUUCAGUAGCAAUUACUUAUCCAGUAAUAAGCAAGACUACUCUACGGUUUCUUCCUUUAAGGAGAAGCGAUCAAUGGUAGAUCAAGAUACGCGUGAUGAAGCAAGUCGAGUUGCAAAAGAAGCUCUAAAGAAUAUUCAGAAAUUUCACAAAUCCAAUGAAAUGAAAUGUAAAGAGUCAUUUCGAAAAAAUAAAGAUGAUGUCGAAAAGGCAAAAAUUGGAAAAUCUUCAAAAAUUAAAUGUACAAAUCAUCAAGAUUUCCACUCACUUUCUUCCCAUAAAUCAUUAAAAUUCACACAAAAAAUAUCCGCAAGCAGUUCACCGAUAUUUCGUCAAAUAACUCAAAUAGUACAUCAUGAUAAAUUAUUGGAUGAAAUGACUAAUCCAAAUCACAUUGAUUCUUCAUUUGACCAAUUGGCCGUGAAUCGAUUAGCGAAUAAAGCUAUUAUUGCUUUAGAAGAAGAAGUCAAGCGUUGGCAGCAAAGUAAUAUCAGAUCUUUUUCUCAAACUACAGAAAUAACUCAACGUAGAUUAGUAUUUUAUCCUUUUGGUCAAGCUAAAAAUCGUUUCCUUUGGAAUCGAAAUGAAUCAACUAGUUAUGGUUAUAUUCAACUUUUACAAGCAUCAAGUGAUUUUGAAUGUUCAACUAAAAAAGCUUAUAAUGAAGAUUCAGCUAAUUUACAUGUUAGAUUUAGUUCAGAAUUACUUUUAAGUCUUAUACGUUCGCGUAAAAUCAUUCGUCAUAAUCAUUUACACAGUUCAUUUAGUACCGAAUCAGUUGAUUCUGUGUUAAAUCAUUCAAUGCAGCGUCUUUGUGCUGAACUUAUUCGAACACUUGGCAGUUCGAAUACUGUUACAAGUGAAUAUUUAGCAAUACAUUUUAAAUCUAUUCUGAAUGAGAACAAUGAUUGUGCUACAGUAAAUAUUCGAAAUAACGCUACUGUUGUAAAUAGAAGUAUUACAUCCCGACAUUUUCGCUCUUUGCUUAAACAACUUGCAAUAAGACAUCGGUCAAAAUGUGAUCAAUCUCAACUGGAUUUACCUUCACGUGGUCGCUUGGAUGAUGUAUGGACUUUGCGUGAUAAAUUUCAGUCUAUUGCUAGUUAUCUCUUAGUAAACUUGGCAGUGGCAGAAAGGUUGGAUCAAUGAAGCAACAUUGUAAUAUAUUGACACGAUAUGUUCAUUGCUACCUCAUACAUUUGUAUAGUUUAUUUUAAUACAGAAUCUAAUAUGCACACUCCUAACUUUUAUUUUUUAAAUAUAGAAUUACUAAGAACGUGGUUUUCUUUCACUAAUGUGUGAAUAUCAAUUACUAGUUAUCUCAAAAAAUUUAGAUGAACUUUUAUUUUUAAAACCAGAAAAUUGGUGCUAGAAAUACAAUGCCUUUUUAGUGCCUUUCCCAGAAAAUAUCGGUAAACCAAACCGUUAUGUCCGAACAAAGAAUAAAUGAGUUGUAACUUCCAGGAGUUAUUUAUAACUUGUUGUAUAUAUAUUCUUAUCGUACAAUUGCUAAGUAACUAAAUCGUAUAAGUUUACAUUCCUUUUAUCACAAAUUUUCAUUUGAUCCAUUGGAUACUGUUGUACGAUUUACUUUCCCUAAUUUAUUCCUAAUCUAUUAGUUUGCAACCUGCUAUACUCAGCUACUUCUGGCUUGAUCUUUCACAAUAAUUAUUUUUCAUUUUACAGUGUGAUGCGAUCUCGUAUGCUUGUACAUAAACAGCGUAUAUCUGAAAUAUACGAUUUAUAUUGCGGAGGAUUAUAUUUAUGUUCUGGGCUGGGCGAGGAGCUGCUAUACAGAGUAUUAAUAGUCUGAGAGUUGAAUCAAGGCCACUGGUGUUGCUUGACGCACCACUGGUUUAGCACAGGGACUAGGUCAUAGAAGUCGGUAUCCCGAUUAGGGAUUUUGUCACGUGAUAUUUGACGGGUCAGAGGACAUAAUAGAAGUCAAUGAUGUAACGUAGUGACUAGAUGGAGGCCAAAAAGGAUAUGACAUUAGUGCAUGAAGUCACUGAUUGUUGGACUGAGAUAUGUAGGUAGGUACAAACUGUCUGGUUGGGGUCUAUGUGUUUAUCGUAACCACUUGUUAAUGUCUUUGAGUGACAUGGCUCGAAAUCGUUUGUAAUAGCGCAGAUGCAUUCACUAUUUGUCUUCUCUUAUAUCGUAAGUUCCUAAAUUUCUAAUAGUUCUUUUUUGUCUCAUAAGUAUAUAUGUUCUAAAAUCGUAUCUUCGAUCUCUAAUCUUUUUUAUUGCCACUGAUUCAUUUGUUACUUGUACUACGGGAUUCGCCCUGACCUUGGUCUCUAUAUUUUCACUUUUAUAACCAUCCAGAGGUUAUAUUUUAAAUUGAUCGUAAAUGAAGUAUAUUUCAGGUUUAAUCAUUCUGAAC